AUUAUACCUCAACCACCUCUCCUUCCAAAAUGCUUCGUCGUGUCCCUCACUCGUUCGCGACCAGCGCUGGACGCCGGGCAUUCUCGCAGUCGGUCUCGAGAAGGAGCUAUGAUGAUACCAUCCGGAAUCUACUCAUUCACAAGGACACCAGGGUCCUCUGCCAGGGCUUCACUGGCAAGACUGGCACGUUCCACGUAAAGGAGGCGUUGGCAUAUGGCACUAACAUGGUCGGUGGUGUCUCCCCGAAGAAGGCCGGUCAAACACAUUUGGGCCUUCCUGUCUUCGGUUCGGUGAAGGAGGCCGUUCGCGAGACUCACCCCGACGCGACUGUCCUCUACGUUCCUCCUCCCUCCGCCGCAGAUGCCAUCAUCGAAGCCAUUGAGAACGAGAUUGGUCUCAUUGUGUGUAUCACCGAGGGUAUACCCCAGGCCGACGAGAUCCGCGUCGUCAACGCGCUCAAGAGCCAGUCCAAGUCCCGUCUCGUGGGCCCCAACUGUCCCGGUAUCAUCAACCCAUUGGGUUGCAAGAUGGGUAUUCAGCCAGGCCACAUCCACAAACCGGGUAAAAUCGGUAUUGUCUCGCGCUCUGGAACUUUGACCUACGAGGCCGUCGCACAGACGACCGAUGUUGGCCUCGGUCAGACUCUUUGCGUCGGUAUUGGUGGAGAUCCCUUCCCUGGUACCCAGCACGUAGACGUCGUGAAGGUUUUCCUCGAGGAUGAUGCCACGGAAGGUAUCGUUAUCAUCGGAGAGAUUGGUGGUUCGAUGGAGGAGGAAGCCGCUGACUAUCUCCGCCUGCACAACGCCACACGCGCGAAGCCCAAGCCCGUCGUUGGCUUCAUCGCUGGCCGUACCGCUCCCCCUGGUCGUCGUAUGGGUCACGCGGGUGCCAUCAUCUCUGGUGGCAAGGGUGCCGCUUCUGACAAGGUGGCGGCCCUUGAGGCGGCUGGCGUGAUUGUCACUGACAGCCCAGCAAAGAUCGGUCUCUCUAUGCUCCAGGCCAUGAAAUCCGCUGGUCUUGCGUAGGGGCGGGGUUCUUGUUUAAAUCGUAGUUUUAGCUUGUUGCCACACACGUUCGCGUCCGUUACGUAAUAGAUCUCCUCAUCCAUCCAAAUCCAUACUGGCGAGAAAUUCAAAGCAGACUUGAGUGCAUACAUACACAUACACCAUAAC